CCGGGUUUCGCUCGUCAAAAUGAUUCUGCAGUUCCCUGAGAACUAGAGCAGUCGAUUGAAAACGGUGGGCGGGUACACACCAUGUACGGGGCGCCCCCCUUUGCGCGUCGACAUUGUCUCGCAGUUUUCACCAUCUGUGUAUCACGUUCUGCCCAAUUCACACUGCGUCAAGAACGAAGGCUACGCCCACGCAAAAAUGUUGCUUGACGCUUUUUGUUGGCAGAACGAGACUCCCUGUCGAAGUUACUAGGUGUGCGGCCAAUCAGUUUGUAUGACACUCCGGAGCUGCGCUCUGCGAACACGGUCCAGCGCGCUGUACAUCCUACUAAUGUUCUGUGACCUGGAUUUACAGUUUUUAUCCUCCUCGUUAGCUCUGCUCAUCUUUUUCUUGCAGAAUCUGAAUGUCUGCGAGCAAGUGGUCGCGCACCUCCCAUGUUGAGCAGCCGACAUGUCUGAAGUGUUCAUCGUUCAAACCCCCCUCUGGUCUUUCAUGCUGUAGUCCCCGCCAAGCAGGCAGCAAUUAACUCCCCUUUGGACGAAGACAGAAAAGAGCUGUGUACUGGUGGGUUUGCUGAUUGUCGGCAUUAAUUAUUGCGGGGACUCAUUUCUGUUUUUCAGUGCUGCAGGGUAACACCGCGCGGGAACUUGAAUGCCUCUCAAACCUGGUGAUGCCCGCACACGCUGUUCGCCAGCACUUGUACCUCCUUUAGUGCCCCCCUUGGGUUUUCUCUCAUUUCCGGUCUCCGCGGCUCUGCCAACUUCACUUGCCAUCGCCCUGCACAUGCCGUGCUUUUGGUAAAGAACCACGCGUGUUUGGUUGUCUGCUGACGCGGAUAAGGAACUCACUUUCGGGUCUUGUCUCUCUUACGGCUUCUGUCGGCAGCAGGUCCGUAUCUUACGCCACUCUACUUUUGGGCACAGGCUGUGUAUUUCUGUGUCCCCUUGGUUUCCGAUACCAAGUUUAGUUUUGGCGCGUUUCUGAUUACGGACGCCGAACCGUGUCCUGGCGAGUGUUUCCCCAAGUCAGCGUUUUUUUACACGCCCUUGCCUCCAUACCCUCAGCCUCUGUUCGUCCGUCGACUCCUGCCCUCCACUAAGAUUCGUGGGUGCACCCUUCAGGAAACCGUGUCAGUUGCUUCCCGACAACCGAGACGGGGGGCAGAAACCGACAGGGAGGCGGUCCUCGGACCUGCCUUUGGUCGCCGUGGGCUUGAGCGGUCGUGAGUAACUUGCCAGUUUGCCUGGCUCUGCUAAACGACCAGGGUGGUGAGUCUUCUCUUGUCGACACUGAGACACGUCGCCGUGUUUCCGCGUGUGACAGAGACCGCUAGCAGCACCGCGGGGUCUCCGCCGGUGACCGUCCGUCUCGGCCACUCGUCAGCGUCUCUCUGUGUCGCGAGGGUGUGUUGCUUGUUUCGCUCUUGGGGACUAUGCCGUUGCGUACUACGGUGUCUCCAUCGAGUGCAGAGACAGUUCAACGUGUGGACGGGGAUGAACUGGAGAUUACCCUGCAGAACGAGGUGGACGACGAGGCGUCUGCGAACAUGGCAAGCGCGCGCUCAGCACUCAGUCGGGCCGAACCGGGAUCGGGGAGCUGUGGCUCGCCCUACGCAGCAGACGCGGCUGAGAGGCAGUCACGAGCGUCUCUGUCAAUCGGCGACGACUCCACCAGGAAGGAAGGACUGACACAGGUGGGGGUAGGACCGGAAGAAAAGGGGAUGCAAGAGGCGACGGCGCCGCUGCAGCCUUGGGGUCGCGGACUCUCUGAGUCGCGUCCCCCGAUGAACCGCGAUGGCAUCGCUACUAUCUCCGCAACUGUCGCCUCUCUCUCGGUUUCUCCGGAAGAUGGCACAUUCUCAACCGGUCCUCGAAACGUUGCAGGCGAACGGGCCAACACGUCGAGCUACCUGACCGCUAGUGACGUAGGUGGAUGUCUCCUUUCGCAGGGCCUGAAAGACAAGCACGAGGGAACGAGCUCCGUAGCUGCACUGACUUUGGUAGAUGGUGGUGCUGCGUCUCUGCGGAGCGUUCGCGCAGCUGCCAAGAGUCUCGUCCGCUGCUCAGGCAGACAGCUCGCUUCCUCCUCGAGGACGCCAGCAGGUACCAAGGCAGAAGGGGUGUCGUGGCCGAGUGCGCCUCCAGGCCAUGCGGGCGAGUUGGCUGAGAACGCAGGACCUACCCAAGAUGUUCCAGGCCCCCUUGAUUACGCCGCGGGUGUUGGGGAGCCCUGUGAGCUGAGCACCCGUGGAGACGAAUCAAGUGAAGCCUCCGCGCCAUCCUGCUUUGGUGUGCUCUGCGCCGAGGGCGCUUCCGAGACGGGUGCGCUACGCGAGAAGAAUGCGAAGAUGAAAGACAGGCGAGUGAACGUGCCCCCGACUGACAAGGCCUCCCCGCAGAGCAGUCUGGUUAAAAAACGGACCAAGGCGUCCGGCGCUGUCUCGGUCUGUUCAGGGAGGUCGCCAUGUCUCGCGUCGCUCUCCCGGGGGAACGACGCAACGAAGAAGCGGCAAGGGACAACCAGUCCCCUGCCGGUCCGGCGGGUUGCGUGCAAACGGCCGUCGGUUCCCAAGUGCCGGAAAGGCGCAUCUGCUGCGGGACGCCGCGGAAGAGAAGAAGAUGACUGCGACCGCCAGUUUUUGCGCGGGCAAGUGAAGAGAGCCAGACGUAACAUGGGGGACGGUCAGGCCUCGGCAGCUCUGUCGUCUCAUCACCCCACGCUGUCGCCCUUUCAGCGGUCGCGAGCUCACAACAGUCCUUACCAUUGGCUACCUCUUCCGCACUCGUCCGGGAGCGCUGUGGCGGGCCGCGGGAGCCUGGGGGGGCACUGCGGGUGUGGAGGAGUGUCGGGGGGCGCGACCGGCGGGCGGAGUGGCGGACUGAGUGAGAGAGUGAGGCGACUGGUGGAGCAAACGAUGUCGGAGAAGCAUCGAGUCGUUUGGAUCGACAGGGGGGAGGCCAAGGGAUUUCUGCCCCUGCCCGGCAUGCAAGAGGAACGCGUCUACCUUGUCUGGACGGAGAAAGGAAUCGACAUUCUCGUCGACGUCCAGGCUUAUAUUCCGUGGACGCACUGUCCCGUUCUGAUGCAGACCAAGUACCGCCGGAAUCAAAUUCCGUUCCUUAUUCUCUCGUCAACCUCCCUGGCUCUCCUUUUCUCUCAUGUUUGUCGGCGAAACGCGACGGCAGUGUUUCGUCUGCCACUCGCGCGGACUCCCCAGGCGUACCGUAAGCAUGUGCUGAAUCUUCUGAGGACAGGCGAGGCUGAGAAGCGGUCGGUUCAGUGUUCCAAAAGCCAAAGGCGGCGGUCGCCGUGUUCCUCACCAUCUCCGAAUGCACGGACCAAGACGGCUUUCCCACAAGGAGACAAGUCACCGCAGCUAGCAGACGCUGCAUCGGCAAGCGUUGGCGACUCUUCAGACGCCCCGGGCAACAGCCCUUCUGCUUCUCGUUCUGCGUCUUCUCCUCCUCCCCACUCGUCAACGGCUUCAGAAGAGCAGGCAACCCACUCAACAUCCUCGUCCGUUUCUGCUGCUUGUGUGUCGCUACCGGACGAAGGUCGCGACGCGAAGGUGACCGGCGACCAGAAUCGGCCUGUGUCUCUGCCUUCCUCGCUGACUGCCGCUUCCUCGCUCGCUUCUUCUGUUGGCUCCUCUUCUCCCAGUCAAGCAGAGAGCCCGCCGCUGGAGAACGCGCUCUGCACCAGUGUGAACGAAAAUAACGAAAAGUCGGCGAGCGUAGAAGUUGUGGCCGAAGGCUCGGCUGACCAGAAGGGGCAGGACCAGCAGACGAAAGGCGAGAAGGACGCCGAACGGAGGGACUCCAACGCUGUGUGUGUUGGUGGCAUCUGUGCUGCACCGCGAGAAAGAGCUGCGGCAGGCACCGUGGAAUCCAGCGUGACCCAAACACUACGGGAUGAAACAAUCUCACCUGUCAUGCGAGAAACAGAGCAGGCGCACGGUUUGGCUGCCACCGAAGCAGAGACAAAACAGGAAGCGGGAACAGGGAACGGGGAGCAUGCGACCUCUGCGAACAUCCGUAGCAACGACCACGAACAAGGAACCACAGAAUCCCCAGCAAUCCCUCAUUCCUCGCCUUGUGGCGGGGACCAGCCUGCGUCUCAUUCUGCGACCGCUUGGUCUAGUGGGUCUCCGUCGCCUGGCGAUCGCGGGUAUUUGCACGGCUCUCCAGGAGCCUCAAAGGACGGCUCGAUGAGCAGCAUUGAUGCUGAUGCAGCAUCGCCUUCACUUCAGGAUAGAGGCGAAGAAGAGGCGGAAGAUGCUCUCGACGAAGACUUGUUUUGGGCCAACGGCGGGAAGAAAGGGUGCCCACUAACCGCCGUUGAUAUGCGCGACUUCUACUGCUGCUCUCAAGGCAAAGUGAUCGGUGAGGAUUACAUUUACUUUCGGCAGUAUCUGCCCGAUGACGAGGGCGCCGACAUUUACGAUUUAAAUGUAUCGGUGCGCAAGCGACCUAAGAAGUUGUUGCUCAAGAAGUCGCGAGCGUUCGCGAACGGCGGCUACAGCGCAGGGGCCAGCGCGUUAAGACGAGAGGACAGAGACAGCUCCCCGCCUUCGUUUCUCACCAAGCGGUCGUCCUUUGCCGCUUCCUCGUCUCUCGCGUCCGACAACUUCGCCGGGACUGGCUCUGGCAGUGGAGAUGUCUCUGUCCACGACUCGGUCCAUGGAGAAAACGGGCCUUUCGGUGUAGGCAAGGCACAUGCCGCUGGGGACGGUGAGGGAGGCGAAAUCGAGUUGGAGGCGCCUGGGGUAGUAGAAGACGUGAACAAAGACCAGGGGGCUUGCGGAGGCGCAGGUGGGCGCGGCCAGGCUAACAAGCAUCACCCCGCCCACCUGCUGCGACUCCUGAUGGCGCCGAACAAAGGCCGCUCCGAAGCAGACGAAGCCGGAACGAAGGAGGCACAGAAGGCGGAUGGCAAUGGUCGGGGAGGUGCAUCAGGGUGUAAAAACUGGACCUACGUCGACGACUACGAAGACGACGGCAUGGACCCAGCCCUCGACCUCCCUUACUCUUUCACCUCCGAAGUUCGGGUGCUCCUGGGUCUCGCGCCGAGCCCGACGCCUCACAGAUGCAACAUGUCUUUGGCGAGUCACCGCGUAUCGGGAGCUGUCCAGCGCCGGUUUCGAAUUUAUCAAUGCUCCCCCGACGGCGAGCGUCGGGAGGAGGAGGUCGACCCUUUCGAGUCCGCGCUGCCGUCAUUGCAGGGUGCGGCAUCUGACGACGAAGAUGAAGAGAAGGAAGAGACAAGCGAGGAGCGGGCGGACGACGAGAAGGAGAACGAGAAGACGGAGAACAAGCACUGGAAGGACCGAGGGACGUGCAGCGUGAAGGGGGGGGAGCAGGGGGAGAAGGCGAGGGACGAGACGCCAGUCAAGAGUGAGAGAGGUUCGAGGUCUCCGACGCUGCCAGAAGACCGGAAGGAAACGGGUGACGGGAGCCUGAAGAGAGAGAAAGGCGACGCAUCCGGUAACGUCGCUUCUCUAACCGAGAAUGCACUGGACGAGAAGCCACCUCCGGCUUCCGUUUCCCUCCCUGCGGGUCGUGCAGAAGAACGCAUACCGAGCCUGGAGGAUGGUGGGAAGAAAGGCACAGAAGAGAGGGGCAAAAAGGAAUCGUGUGUUGGAGAGACGGACGACGCGACCGAAAAGACAAGACAUAGCAAAGACCACGACGGUGGGGAGGCGACCGCUGUCGCGGAGAAGAAGGAACAGGGACUGGAGGAGCAGGACGGCAACGAAGAGGAGAGUGGCGGGCAGAGCCGCUCCAAGGCUUCCUCAGAGCACGACGAUUCAGAAGUCAACAGCGACGAUGACGGCCCAAAAGGAAAGGCGCGAAAUAAGUCACCGUCCUUUGCACUUUCUUCCCACGACCUCCCUAACGGAAGCUUAGCUGAAGUCGACUAUCCAACCGAGUUCAGUCAGUUCCGGGAGUCUGACCGAAUCCGCAUUUACGACAAGACGUUUCUUUCGCGAGCGCUACAGCUGAUUGUCGAUGUCGCCAUCGUUUCCAGAGGCGCGGACCUGUCCGCUGUGAACGUCGCCCAGUACGCGCCGAACCUCUUUUGGAACAUCAUCCGGUUCAGUCGAGGCAACAAGGACAUCGACGAAGUCGUGCGGACGAUCGCUCCCUCCGUGACCUCGCUGCGGAGCGCCCGAGGACGGCGAAAGAGAGGCGAAAUGGAAAACUCGUCUUUUCUUUCUUUAGCUGCAGGGAGGUUCAGCGCCUCGCGACGAACUGGGGAGUUUCUGCGGGACGCGCAGGCUCCCUCUCGGUGGCUGAAGAGGAGCAAAACGGGGCAGGACGACGGUGCCUUCUGUCUGGAGACAUGGCUGGCAGGCGCCGGGGACGACGCAGCAGGCGGCGAGCGCGGACGAGACCGAGAAGGCGCAGCCGACAAGGCGAAACAAAGGGAAGAGAGGCGCCAAAAGGAACUCGAGGAACGGUUCGAGGAAAUGAAGGUCGAGUUCGAAGAGAAGGCACAACGGAUGAUCGCGCGUCGAGCCGCCCUAACAGGCGAAAUUUACAGCGACGGGAAAGGGUCAAAGAAGCCGCGUGUGCCGUCGUUGCCAGAGAAUGAUGACGACGCGCUCAUCGAGAUCAUUAUCGAUCCAGAACAAGGCAUCCUCAAGUGGCCUCUAUCCGUGAUGAGCAUCCGGCAGCGGACCGUGAUCUACCAGGAGUGUCUCCGACGCGAUUUGACGGCUUGUAUUCACCUCACCAAAGUCCCUGGGAAAGGUCGCGCUGUCUUUGCGGCAGACACUAUUCUCAAAGACGACUUUGUUGUCGAGUAUAAAGGCGAACUGUGUUCCGAGCGAGAGGCCCGCGAGCGAGAGCAGAGGUACAACCGGUCCAAAGUUCCGAUGGGGAGCUUCAUGUUCUACUUCAAAAACGGGUCUCGGAUGAUGGCCAUCGACGCAACCGACGAGAAACAAGACUUUGGACCCGCUCGCCUUAUCAACCACUCUCGACGAAAUCCAAAUAUGACCCCCCGCGCAAUCACAUUGGGAGACUUUAACAGCGAGCCUCGAUUGAUUUUCGUCGCUCGAAGGAACAUCGAAAAAGGCGAGGAGCUGCUGGUGGACUACGGCGAGCGUGAUCCGGACGUUAUCAAAGAGCAUCCAUGGCUGAACAGCUGAGGCUCGCGUUUUCGUGGUUUUAUUUUUCGAUAUCCCUAUGCAUGUGUGCGCUUGCUCUUUAUGCGGUAAGCCGCAGGGAUGAGUGACCCGGUGGUGUGUCAAAUCACAGACGCAAAGCGCUACUGACAUCUGCGGGCGUUACGUAGAUGGCAGUUGUCUCGCUUGACCAUAGGCCGACAUCAGUAUCUACCUUACAUAUUUACAUAUGUGUACCUGCGGACGAUCAUUUCUUCGCCAGGCGCUCUCGAGUCUGAGUUACACGUGAGGGAGUGUCACUCUGUGUCCAGAGAUGCUGAAGGGGAAGACUUAGCAGCCUUUCAGGGCUUCGAUUUCUGCUGGGGAUGCGUUGUUUUUCAGACUCGCUCCUGUCAAUUGUCCAAUGCCUUUGUCAACCGUUUUCCUUGCAAGUGUUUUUUCAGAUUGCCUAAUCUGUCCCUAAGUGGCUGUGCUCUUUGAUCAAGAAAAGCGGAGGAAGAACGCCUGGUGCAUGAUGCUGCGGGAACUAGCAAAUAAUUUCUGCUCGAAUGCAUCUACAUGCGUGUGUGGGACUUUUUUACGGGCGCGGGAAAGAACCGUGCCCAGAAAAGGGAGACACGACGGUUCUUUCCGACGUCUUGUGUGUGCCGUCUUCACUCCCGUUGUUUUCUCUGUGCAGUUCAAGUGUCUUUUUUCGAGCUGCAGCCUUAGCACUUGCACCCUUGAAUUACGCUUAGCAACUAUGUAUUCGCUUCAAAAACGACGCGUAUAUACAGUGCUGUAUUGCGGUAUUUGCGUUUGCAAUCACACACAGAGUCCACUGUACGAUGAUUCGUAGGCAUGUGCAUGCGUAUGCAUCAUGUGUUUCGCGUGUGACAAAAGCAAUUGUUCACCUGUCAUGGUGCAACGAAGUUCAUCAUGUCUCUUUUGCUUCUUCCAAAUAUCUACCUGCAGUAAAAGACCACGAAUUCAUAUCUCGCGUCUCCAUAAAGAGCCCCUCAGCCUUACUUAGACACGACACAACUAGCCACGGAGGUCGCACAACUACAUGCAACAACAAGCUUGCCCUCCCAUUUUCCUUCUAAUCAGAUUUCUGAUUCUCUUAUACAGCUGAUGUACUUAUAUAUGCUCCGGCGAGUCCAAUUCCGUAUCGCGAAAACACCCUUUGAAGACUUCAUCCCCGUUUCCCGGUUGCACGGAAACGCAGAGUGCAUGGACU